AUGUUCAAAAGUGCAGUGUGGAGACGUUUUGCAUCUACCGGUGAAACUGCGAAAGCAAAGUUAGAUGAAUUUUUGAUAUACCACAAGACAGAUGCGAAACUAAAACCAUUCAUUUACCGUCCCAAGAAUGCUCAGAUAUUGCUAACCAAAGAUAUCAGGGAUCCAAAAACCAGGGAACCAUUACAACCGAGAUCGCCCGUAAAGCCGCUGUCGAAACAAACAUUAAGUGAUUUUAUUUAUUCUGUGAAGCCCAACUCGACAGAAUUACUGGAUUGGUUUAAAGAAUGGACUGGAACCUCCAUAAGAAAGCGUGCUAUUUGGUCAUAUAUCUCACCAAUUCAUGUUCAAAAAAUGUUGACUGCUUCUUUUUUCAAAAUCGGGAAAUACGCACACAUGGUGGGACUCUUAUAUGGUAUUGAACACAAAUUUCUCAAAGCGCAAAAUCCAUCUGCAUUUGAUAUCGAGCAUUUUUUUAAUACUAAUAUCAUGUGUGCUUUGCACCGAAAUAAGUUGAGAAACUACACAGAUGCAGGGAUUGCUCAGAGGAAACUGCAAGUUGCUUGGAAAAAGGUACUAAAUAGAAAGAAUAAUACUGGACUAGCAAAUAUCCUCGUGGCAACAUUAGGUAGACAGGUUGGAUUCACCCCAGAGGUGGCGGGCUUGCAACCAGUACAAAUUAGCUUACCAGAUAUUCCCAAUUCGUUAAGCGGUGCGGAACUGAAGGACUUGUUAUACAAAUACGAGGGAACAUACCUUAUUGUGAGAACAUUAUUGGAUAUCGAUCAGCACAAUGCUGAAUAUCUAGAACUGCAGGAAUUUAUACGCCAAUAUCAAAGUGCAUUAGGUGAGACCAACGACCCAUACGACACGCAUUUGAAAUCAUUGGAACAGUUGGAAACGCAACCUCCGCAAGAGACCACCGAAAAAGAGGCAGAAUAA